UCACCACAAUUAGCUCCAUGUAUUCUGAUGGAGUCUCAUGGACAUUUCCCGGCUGUGAGCGGGGCCUUCAUGGAUUCUCCGUACAAUGGCAACACGUCCCUGCAGACGUCCACCUCCAACCUCAACGCCAGCUGCUCCCGACCCUCAGAAACAGAGGAUGAUGGGAAAGUGUCCAGUGACACCAUUUGGCUGUGGGUCGCUGUGCUGGCAACCAUUGGCAACAUAGUGGUGGUGGCUGUGGUUUGCGCCUGUGCCUUCUGACAAGAUGGAAACUGAUGCUGUCUGAUAUCGGAAACCUUCCUUAUCCUGAAAAUAUAUAUUUUUCUUCAGAAAUGAUGUAAAAUAGCCUUAACUUGAGACUUUUGAAAUGGAAUUUGCAUGGGAAAGUUAAAUCAAAUGACUUUUACAUUUUCAAGAAAUAGAAGAGAAUACAAAUAAUCAACUACAGUUAAAUAAGCAAAAUAAAAAAAAUUAGUUAUAUAUUUAUUUAAAGCUGUCUUCAGAUUGUAAUAAUGAUCUUAUAGACACAGGUCUUUUUAGUUUUACAGUUAUACAAUAUUAAAACAAAACCCGCAAAAAAAUACAGUUAAACUAAUAUCACACUUUCAUUAAGGGACUUUGAAAAUGACAACAGAAACAUAUCUUACCUAAAAUACUGGAUACUGACCUCAACUUGACCAAACAAGACAGCAUGCAGACCCAUUCAUGCUCUGUGUUGCACAUUUUAUUAUAAAAAAACAGCAAUAAACUACAUAGACAAACCAGAUCCAGUGGACAAAUCUAUAGAAAGUGUAAGACAAUCCUGCUUUAUUAUUCUGAGUUACUAUAGACUACAUGGUUAAAGAGAGCUUUGUUCAUUCAACCAACUCACAAGCAACACUUUCUACCACAACUGGCUGAAUCGGUAGGGGUAGGGUUAGGGUUAGGGUUAGCCACCAUGGCUUAUUGUUAGCUUUACACAAUAGUAAAAUGUUUCCUAAUCCAACUAUCAAAUCACUUGAACAAUAAUCUGUGUUUUACAAUCACAGCCAUAAUUAACAGUUAAAAGGGAAACUACAAUCAGGUUGAAAUCAGAUGUAACAAGGAUGUUUAUUUUAGUCUCCACAUGGACAACGUAUUAACCUAUUUAGUAAGCAUUUGUCCUGGAGCAAAACACAACCUUUAUUCAUUGUGGAUUGCAGGCUGGAAAAAGUGGUGGCCUUAACAUAAUAGUACUAUACUUGCCUACGUGGUCAGCUGGUUAUGUAAGCCAAGCUGUUGUUAUAUAAACCCAUUCAGGCACAGCAGAGGUCAGAAGGAUUAUACGGAUCAUAGCUUGAUCUCUGAGUGGGAUCUGAAGCCAGAGAGAGAUCCACUGUUGAAGCUUGUAGUAACUGAGUGUGUGAUAGUAGGAUUUAGAAGUUGGAGGCCAGAGGUCCGAGCCCUACAGUAUAACAUCCUUAUGAUGCUCGACCAAAGCACUGAACUUCAACCUGUUCUGUCUUUUCUAUUCUUUUCCAUGCUUUUGAUUUUAUUCUUACAUUUACAGCACCCAGUAUAUUUAGUUGACUAAUUCUGACCAAAAGAGCGAUAUGGCAUUUACUCAGCGCAGCCCCCUUACUACUGUUAAGCUUUCUGUUAUUGCAUGGUCAAGUCAUUGAUAACAGUCGUAGAUUAACCAGCUGGAACAUUUUUUGUUAGUUUGUUUUAUAAGGAGUCCAGGAUUUAGAAGUAUGAAAAAACAAAGAAAGUAAUGGGUCGAUUUAAGAUGACCUCAUGCUGUGACUAAAGCUCCUUUUGUCUUCCUAGAGUCCACCAACAUCCACUUUGUUGGUUAAUUAAAAAAAUCUGGUUCAUCUAAUACGCAUGUCCAGUAUUUGAAGAAACCUAGAGGAAACAAACUCCUUUUAGAGAGGAGCAGGGUUUUGCUUAGCAGUGACUUGUUGAAAUUUAACAAGCAAGAAACGUCAAGCAAUUGAAAUCUCUUGCUGUCAGUGUUACUCUUUUCCCCAUUACAAGGAUAAAACAUCAUUAAAAAGGGAAGUACGCCUUGGGCCUUCAGCUUCGUUCAAAUCACUCUGAGAUAGUUAGUAAGGAGAUGAAAUCCGAUAAAGCUGGUAGGAAAGAGGGAACGCUGGAAAUAGAGAGACAACUCAAUGAGAGAAGAUCAGGUCGGAGGAGGUCAAAAGUAAUGUGAAGAAUGGAGCAGAAGGAAGAAAACAGUGUCUUGCUCAUCAGCGCGUUGCAACAUUUGUCUGUCUGCGUUCUGGUGAUAGGCCGGGACACUCGAUUUUUUGGCAUAUUUUAGAAGUUCAUUAAUUACACUCGCUUUAAUGAAGAAUAAUUUUAGGGAUAUCAAAUCUUUAACCAAAGCAGUUUCGUAUAGAACAUUUGUUAUAUUUUGGCAGCACAUUUGAUUUUUACUGUUUCAAAGGCAAUUACAAUCAUUCUGAUUCUAUCUAAGAUUGAUAGGCCUAUGUAGUGCUGCGAAUUAUCUAUAUACUUUCAUUCAUUAUGUAAUUUUGAAUCAGUACAGUCAGAACAAAUCAUGCAGGCAGAGUCUUCCAAUACAUGUGUGUUUUGUGAAUGGAUCUCACCAUCUCUCGCUGUCUCAGCCUUAGUGAGCCUCGUCGCUGUCCUCCGCAGAGUAAUGAGCUGUAAUGCCUCUCUCAAGGUUCCUAUUCUCGCUCGAUAUCCUGGAGGGUGGAGGGUGUCUCUGCAGCUUUUAGAGCAGUCGGAGCGGAUCGUAUCUCCACGGCUGACUUUAUUAGAAGAUAAUUUUACUGACAAAUAUAGAGCUAAAGGUGCAGACAGGGAAUAAAUUAGUAACAUGUGAGGUAAUGAGUGGCGAUGAGUGACACAUGAAGUGAAAAGGAAAGAUGUGGAAGAAAGAGCAAAAUAAUGAGGCAGGACAUGUUCUUAUUCGUUUCCGCCAUUUGUACAUUUAUGACAACUGACAGGGAAAGGGACAUUGUAUCAGAGCGGGAGUGAGGAAACAAGUGAAAAGGCGAGACAAUGGUGGGGACAGAAUUGGUGUAAGGAGGAGGAUUUCCACAGAAAGAAAUAAUGAGUACGAUUGAGUAAAGUAGGCAAGAAUGAGUGAAUGACAAGAGAGAAAAAAUGAUGCAGUAAAAGGUGAAAAGGAAAGGGAAAAGAGCAUAAUUGCUGACGACUGACAGUAUUCAAAAUGGAUUAAAUCCUGAUUAAAACUGAUGAUUUGAGCAGAUUUGUUCCACAUGCAUGUCAGCAAUAAACUUUGAUAUGGAAACAUUAAAAGAAAAGAAAAAUAAACACUACAAAAAACCCUCCCUUAAAUCAGGAUAAUGUGCGAGCAUCAUUUAGUUUUCUGUAAAAAAUAUAACUAUGCAAAGUCAGUCUCGACUUGCUAAUGCUAAUAUAUUUGAAAUGGAAGAUAUGGACAGCAUGACAACACUUUAUGUGAGUGUUUUCAUGUCAAAACUGAAAAAAACCCAUUUGUUUUCUGAAUUGAUUUAAUUUUAAGUGCUAUAUGUUGCAGUACUUAAACAGUUUAGACUACAGCUUAAAACAACCACAUUUCUAGCCAUAAUUCUCGAUUCUAACAAACAACUGAGAACUUAUACAAGAACAAACUGCAUAUAUUGACUUAUAUUGAAUAUGUUUGUGGUCCUUGUUUGGUCGUCAGAGGUUCAGAUGUCCAAUGUUUACCUCCAAAAUUAAUAUACUUCAACCAACUCCUUCACGGUCCAAUCAGCAGCCAGUUUCUGUGGAAGCAAGAACGGAUAAUAUCAAUUAAUUAGAUACCAUUAAUUUGUUUCUACAUGAGGACGCCAAGCUGUUGGAAGUGACUCAGCAGACUCCACAAAGAGAAAGCAUGCAAACAUCUGUUAAUAUAGACUUCUACGACAGCCUACGAUAGGCUAGGUGUUUCUUUCCUUCCCUCCAUCUUACUGCUGACAUUACCUGCCUGCACGGUCACACAGAAGUGAAGGAUAGCAUCUCAAAACGCCUGCAAACAACCCAGUGACACCGGAUACUCAACCACCAAGGCACCCAGAGAGAUUCCCAUCAUCGUUCGUAAAACAAAAAGGACUGGAAACAAUAACCUCGAGAGGUAACCAGCAGACCAGACUGAGUUUCAUAAAACAAAGUUAGAGACUACAUUGUGGCAUUGACUUUGUCCUCUUCAACCUGGAUUUAAAGUACAGUUCACACGGAUGUACAAAUGUUUGAGGACGAGCAUGCUCUACAUCACCCUACAGAAUGGAUUUGCAUGAACAGUGUCUCUAUGCUUUGGAGAAUUAAACUGCAAAAAGUGGACAUGAGGAUCUUUGCCAAAUGAGAAGAGAAGGAAAAGGAACAACAGCCUCAGAUGGUAAAUGUGUCAUAGAGGUUAUAUACGGCUGCAGGCCUACACUGCACUCACAGCCCUGAUGAUUAGUAACAGUUUCCCUCAUCCAAUAUCCAACACCAUGCAGUUAAAUAUUGCUUGGAUACUUUGAUCUUUGUAUUGAGGACAUUUGCAGAAUGUAGUCGAAGAUUUGUCACAAAUCCAAUCAAACAUUUCGCUGUUGAGAAGACAAUGAAAGGAUAUAAUGGCUAUAUAUGGACAUUAUGGGACUGGAACGAAGAAGAAGACAUUUUACAAUAAACUGUAAGGCAACCUUUAAUGCUAAAUCAUCUGAAAACAAUAGAGGAAACUUAACAGCAACCAUUAAACUUGUCAAGAACUGGAUGAUGCAUUUGGAAUUGUGAUAAAUACAAGCUAACUCACUUAACAAUUUCAAAUUGGAAAAAACAUAACAUUCUGUUGGUGUUGUAUCCGAAAGAUGGUUCAACAAAAUGUGUUGUGAAGCACAUACAUACUAUGCACACACUCACUUCAGGAUUUUAAUAAAACUGAUAAUGAGAGUUUGAUGCAGAUAUGACGCAGCCACUGUAUGACAACAUCUCCAACAUUGUAUGGAUGGCAGCAGCACCCAAUGGACUACAUGCUACCGUUGUACCUCACUGAACAUGCAUGGCAACUUGCGUAUUUGCAUUUUUCCAUUGCAUUUGCAUGUCCUCCUUGAAGUGUUUACCUCUCCACAAAUACUUGUCAGUAAUUGGACUUCAGUAAAACAAAUAUGCCUCUUGGUUUUAUGAGUUAAUGUAUGCUUAUAUGUUGGAGUUCGACUUUACAUUUUACUCUAUGUUUCCAUAAUAUUUUUUUUCUUCUAUAUCUUACUUUUAAGUUUUAUUUGGGAAUUUCUCUCUUUGUAAAUCUAAGAUCAUGGAGCCAUCAGGAAGUGUUGUUAAGGUGGACCUUUCUACUGUAUGAGUUAUGUAAUAUAACCUCAUUAAAAUAAUAAUGUGCGAUGUUUGACCGUCCCAUCAGGUUUGUUGAUGAUUGCUUGUCUCAUGCAGCUUAUAAAGUAAUCAUGAACCUUACCUGUAAUUAAUACCAGAGCUGUGCCAUCAUGAAUUACAUUGCAUGUACUGCAGAUCAUCAAUUUUCUUAAUCUUUGUGUUACAUCUUUGCUGACUUCAAAAGAAAGUUAGCCAUAUUAAGUGAACCGAUCAUAAGAUAAUAUCAAAGGCGAUAUCUCAUUUCCGCGUUUGUGCUAUCCAAUUUUUUGUCCUAAUUAAGUAAAUUGGGAGGAAGGAAGUAUAUUUUUAGAAGACAGAAUGGUUGAAAAAUGGUGAUACUUCAUUAGAGAUUUAUUUCUAUAAUUGGUUUUCUAAUUUGAAUGAAUGAAAUGAUGAAAUCAGAGUGAUUGGUUUUGAUAUCUACCAGGAAAUGUGUAAUGACAGGAUUUCCUCCUGAUGCUCACUAAAUGUUAAUUUGAAGUAAUGUGGCUUCAUCUUGAAUCAACUUCUUCCAACUUAAUAAUGUCAAAAGGCUGCCUACAGCUCUAUUACACAGACCAAAAAAAGAUGAAUUAAAUUGUCAUUUGUUUCUAAACUACUAUCUUAAUCUGACAUAAAAAAUAAAGUUAAAAAUUCUUGUCAUGCA